AUGGAUCUGGUCGAAAAUCAAGCUGACUCUCCCCCUGCUCGGACUAUCGUGUCCCAAGAAGAAUCUGAAAUUGGAACCGUAGCCUCUGAAGGCAAUGCUCCGCCACCUUCUUCAAUUCCCCCAGGAAUCCCUGCUGUUGACGUACCUUCUUACGCGCAACGUUUCAAGGCGUCUUUGAGGAAUUUGAAGAAGAUCUCAAACCCCACUUUCUUGAAAGAUGGAACUCCGGUUGUCCAGGCUCCACCGGAAGUUCUGUUAAAGACCUCAGAGAUAUGGAAGGACCACAUUGUAGCCCAAUUCCAUGGUACCUUGCCGGCUCGAGACAAGAUCUACUCUGACCUAAAUCCGGUUUGGGGGAAAUUUGGGAACAUUACUCUUCACAAAACAUCAGAUUCCUCGUGUCUUAUCUACAUACCCUCAGUCCAAACACGAGAAUGGGUUCUCCAAGUUGGAUAUUGGCAGGCUGACCACUGUGCGUUCUCGGUGUUCCCUUGGUCUGCAGAUGGGAAUUUUGACUCUCUGGAGCUCAAAUCGGCGCCUACUUGGGCAGUACUGAAGAACCUUCCACCCCAGCUUUACUCUCUAGAAGGAAUCAGUGUGGUGGCUAGUGCUAUUGGGGAGCCACUACAUACAGAGAAAUCAAAACUCGAUCCCUACCGGUUUGGCGACACAAAGGUGAAAGUAGAGAUUAUUCUGGAUCAUCCUCCUCCAGAAACAGUGGUGGUUCGUGAUACGGUGGGGAACUCUGUCAAGAUUGCAAUUCUUUAUCCAAGCCUUCCACCAAAAUGCUGUAACUGUGGGAAGUUUGGGCACUUGCUUAAUCACUGUCAAAAGCCUCUGAAGAAGAAAAGAAUCAAGAGUAAUGUGCAGAAGAAUCGUAAGGAGAAAACAAAGGCUCUAGUGGUAGCAACUUCCACAUCCAUUGAAUUGAUGGGAGAGCAAGACAUUGCUAAGGUUCAGCCUGAUAUGGAAGCGGAAGUGGAAGUGGUAGUCACAAAAAAUACUCUGGAAGGUACCAAAUCGGAUAUUCAAGAAGUCAGUCCAGCUCUAGAACAGAUUGAAGACACUAAGGGUCAACAGAAGAGGAGGAACCGAUCUCGGUCCAGAGCGAGGGCUAGAGCCAGAGGCAGGAGUGCUUCUUAUAUAGAAACCGCUACUGGCCCUGAUGAGGGUUCUCGGGUGCUGUUAAAGCCAGUAGUGAAGGUGGUGUCUGACCCUUCAGUGGAGGAUAAGGAGGGAGCUUCACAGCCUCAAAUAACUGAAGCGGAUGAGGAUAAGGACUCCCCGUGGAUCACCAAAAACUCUAAAUGGGCUCGUAGGGCUAUCCGGCAGGAGGAACUUUGGAAAGCCAAUCUAAGUAAGACUCCGACGAAGAAUCAGGGACUUAAUAAUUCUGAUCGUCAAAGAGAUGUUCGUCGUUGGAUGCAGUUAAAUAAUGUCUCAGUUGGAGCUUUGGUAGAGACCCAUAUUCAGGAGGAGAACUUGGCUUCUGCUGUUACGGGUGCUUUUCCUGGAUGGCGUUUUGAUUCGAAUGUUUGUCAAGCUCAGGGUGGAAGAAUAAUUGUUCUCUGGAAUCCGACUCUUUCUCUGGUGGUUCUUAAGAGGUCUGAGCAGCUUCUUCUGUGUAGUGUUUUCGAUCCAGAGACCGGAAUUUCGGUCAGUUUGGCUUUUGUCUACGCUUACAAUACGCUGACUCAGCGUAGAACUCUGUGGCAGGAGAUAAUAGAGAUUAGUAAUCAUCGUCUGGUCAAGGAUUCUUCUCUUCUUGUACUAGGAGAUUUCAAUCAAAUACUAUCAGCUGCUGAACACUACUCGAUUCAGUCUUACCCUCUUCCGGUCCAAGGGAUUUUGGAAUUUCAGGAUUGCCUUUUGGAAACUGAUUUGACGGAUGUGGAAGGCAGAGGCGGGUUCUAUACUUGGUCGAACCGGCGUCCGGAGGACCCUAUUCUUCGCAAGCUGGAUAGGGUUCUGGGUAAUGCUAAGUGGAGAGCUACCUUCCCAAAUAUAGUUGCAUCUUAUCAAGCACAAGGGGACUCUGACCACUCUCCUUGUACGGUGGAACUGGUACCAAAUAAUGAUCGUAGGAAUGCCAGAUUCAUCUACUAUUCAUUUUUAGCCUCUCACCCGAAGUUUCUGGAGUCAAUUCAGCGAGCUUGGGAUGAGCCUAUCCCAGUUGGUUCUAAUCUCUUUUCUUUGGUUAAGAAGUUGAAACAUGUAAAAGCGGCGUGUAGACAACUUAACAAAGAGGGGUUCAGUAACAUUCAACAGAGAGUUAAGGACACUUGGGCUCAACUGCAGGAAGUUCAGUUGGAGCUAUUAACGUCGCCGUCUCAGCAGUUAUUUCGAGCGGAGUUUGUUGCCAGGAAAAGAUGGCAGACUAUGGUGGCAGCUCAAGUUAUCUUCUUCAGUAGGAAGUCUCGAAUUCGUUGGUUGGAUGAAGGAUAUGCUAAUACAAAUUUUUUUCACAAAGUGGUCCUUGCGCAUCAGGCUCGUAAUGCGAUCUGUUAUCUUCUGAAUGAAGCCAAUCUGCGAAUUGAAAAUAAAUUCCAGAUUAUUCAGAUGUUGGUGACCUUCUUCAAAAAUCUCUUGGGUACUGCCUCUAUUAAUGUGACUCCAAUGGAAGUUGAUGAUAUUCAGAGAUUGUUCCACUUUAGGUGA